UCGGCGUUCACCCACAAAACCUUUGACUAAUGCUUAGCUCAAGGUUCGGUAUUUCUCUCUGCGUGCACUAUGAUUUUUCAAGCGUUCCUCGCUGCUUUAUCGGGCCUUCUAUUCUUAUAUCUACUCAGUUGCAGGAGGAAGACAUUUUCAUACUUCAAGAGCAUCGGCAUACCCGGGCCUCCGCCUAAUUUAAUAUGGGGAAACAUUCGAGAGUAUCACAAAAACGGAUUUUACAAAGCGUUGAACGAAUGGUGUCAAACUUAUGGUGACAUUUUUGGAUUCUACAACGGCGACGUCCCAACGCUAGUUGUGAAGGACCUGGACAUGUUGGAGUACGUCUUUGUCAGAAACUUCAAGAACUUUACGGAUCGCGGUAUCACAAUGAGAACCGACGAAAUGCACCCUUCUCUUGGAAAGGCUAUUAUUAAUGCGAAGGAAUCUCAAUGGAGGACCCUGCGGGGUUACGCUUCUUCUGGAUUUUCAGCGGCCAAACUAAAACGGAUGAUGCCUCAUAUCAGCGAGCAAGCAGAGGUUCUUCUCGGCAUCCUGGGAGAAGUGUCCGACCUCGGAAGAGAGCUGUCUACAUUUGAGACGUUUCAGGCUUUGGCUAUGGACAAUGUAGGGCGGACCUUCUUUGGACUGAACAGCACAUUUCAGCACAACGUUCAAGAUGCCUUCAUUGCUAAAGCCUUGAAUGUUAUACCCCAAAUGAUGACCGGGCCCUUCCACUUUAUUGCACAUUGCACGACUUCUUUUGGCCGAAUCGUGAAGCCCCUGGCUUGGUUGAACAAAUUAUUAGGAACAUUCGCCCUUGAGAAUUUCUCUCGCGACAUUGCCAAGAUAGUGGAGCAGAGAAGAAAUAACCCUUCGCUUCGAAGAAACGACGUGCUCCAGUGCCUUAUCGAUGCUGAAGAAAGACCUGAUGAUAAAUCCAAUAAGAAAUCAACGAACAACGUCGCCUUCGGAAUCAGAGGCAAUAUCAAAAGGCUUCGAAAGCUGACAGAAGAAGAAACAACUCUGCAGGCAACAAUUUUCUUCCUUGGAGGUUUUCAAACUAUAUCAAUAUCACUUUGUUAUGCAACCUUCCUUUUGGCUAAGCAUCCUGACAUUCAAGAUAAAGUCAGAAAGGAAGUUAGCGAGGCAGUUGCAAAAUCGGGCAGCCUCAGUUAUGAGACAGUGAUGCACAAACUAAGGUACCUUGGACAAGUGUUGAAUGAAACUCUCCGAAUGUACCCGCCGUCCCUCACUUUUAUGACAAGAGCGGCCAAAAACGAUUUCGAGUAUAAUGGCACGAAAUUCAAGGCAGGUUUGAGCAUUAUGUCGCCAGUGCUUCAUGUACACAUGGAUUCGAGGUACUGGCCAGAACCCCACAAGUUCAACCCUGAUCGGUUCAGUCCAGAAAAUAUAGGAAACUUUCACAAGAUGGCGUUCCAGCCUUUCGGCCACGGACCCCGGAAUUGUGUCGGAUACAUGAUGGCCGUUCUCGAACUUCGUUACACCCUUGCAAGAAUGGUUCAAAGCUUUCGAUUCGAUCUUGGAGAAACUCAGAAGGGAAUAUUGGACAUGGAUCCCUACGGCAUGAUGUCUACGCCAGCGAACGGCCCGUGGAUCAAGUUUCACAGACUCUAAACGUCAAGAGCGUAAAUAUAUGUGAUACAACAAAUAAAAAAAUCAAGUUUUAAAAA